ACAUGGUAUUUUCCAAUAAACAUACAACAUUCCAUGUAAAUUUAAAUAUCCAAAAAGAUACACAACAAGAGAUUGAACAGAAUGUUAAAACCACCAAAGAUGAUCAUAAACUACAGUUACAGGCCACUAUUAUCCGAAUAAUGAAAGUGCGUAACACAUUGAGACAUAAACUACUUGUGAAUGAGAUAUUUUCCCAGUCAAAUUUAUUUUUUCCCACAAACGCACUAAUAAAAAUAUCUAUUGAAGAACUCAUUGAUAAAGGAUAUCUUGAACGCAAUGAAAAUGUUAAUGAUGAUGUCUUUGGCGCUGCCUCUCGAAGUCCUCCUUGCGUCCUAGAAUGUCUUACACCAUGCGGCAAAAAAGCAGGAAAUUUCUGCAGGCCGCGUCCAUCACUCUGUCCCGGCGAUGUUGGUCUCUGGGCAGUUCCUCCGUGGAUGGCAUGCACAGAAUAUCCUCAACGUCCUCCGGAACCGGGUUUCUGCCGAUUGAAAGUGAGAGUUGAUGUCUGCUGUCUCCCAAUAAAGACAGUCGAAGAUCGUGUGCUUGGUAUCAUCCACUGGGACUGA